UCCACCACCGCCUCCGCCUCAUCACCACCCGCGGGCGCCUCUCGUUUUCGCGCCUCAGGACAUGAGGCAGAUACUCAAGGAGGAACCGGUGCCACGUGCUUGGCCACAGCCCGCGCUCGCCGACAACGGAACGGUCGGCGUCGGCAGGGCGCACUUCGAAAAACAACCACCGAGUAAUUUGAGAAAAAGUAACUUCUUCCAUUUCGUGAUCGCUCUUUACGAUCGACACGGACAACCGAUCGAGAUAGAGAGGACUUCUUUCAUGGGUUUCGUCGAAAAAGAUCAGGAAUCCGAAGGACAGAAAACGAACAAUGGCAUUCAAUAUAGCCUGCAUCUGUUGUACUCCAACGGUGUUAGGCAGGUACAGGACAUCUACGUGAGGCUCAUCGACUCUGCGACCAAACAGGCUAUCAUGUACGAGGGACAAGAUAAAAAUCCUGAAAUGUGUAGGGUCCUUCUUACUCACGAAGUGAUGUGCAGCCGGUGUUGCGACAAGAAGAGCUGCGGAAACAGGAACGAGACCCCGAGCGAUCCCGUUAUCAUCGACCGAUUCUUCCUCAAAUUCUUCCUAAAGUGCAACCAGAACUGCCUUAAGAAUGCGGGCAAUCCACGUGACAUGAGACGUUUCCAGGUGGUCAUUUCCACGCAAGUAGGAGUAGAGGGACCGCUACUGGCCGUCUCGGACAACAUGUUCGUUCACAACAACAGCAAACACGGACGUAGAACGAAACGAUUGGAUCCCAGUGAUCCUGGAGAAUACAACAGUCUUUAUACGCCAGUACCUCUUCAAACGCCGUGUAUAAAAGCGAUAUCGCCGAACGAAGGGUGGACAUCCGGCGGAUCGACGGUGAUAAUCAUCGGGGAGAAUUUCUUCGAUGGGCUUCAAGUUGUUUUUGGAUCGAUGUUGGUUUGGAGCGAGCUAAUUACACCAAAUGCGAUCAGAGUACAAACUCCUCCUCGACAGAUACCAGGCGUCGUUGAAGUCACGUUAUCCUAUAAAACUAAACAAUUCUGUAAAGGCGCACCUGGUAGAUUCGUCUACGUUUCAUUGAACGAACCCACGAUCGAUUACGGCUUCCAAAGGUUACAGAAGCUUAUUCCCCGGCAUCCUGGAGAUCCUGAAAAACUACCAAAAGAGAUCAUAUUGAAAAGGGCGGCCGAUCUCGCGGAAGCUUUGUACAGUAUGCCCAGAAGCGGAAACGCCGGAAUUACGGGAGCACCGAGAAGUCCGGGAUCGGGUCAUCCACCUGCACCUCCAACCUCCAGUUCGGCAACAGCGUUCAACUCGUAUACAGGACAGCUCGCGGUGACGGUACAGGAAAACGGUAGCGCGGCGAAAUGGACAGACGACGGUAGUUCCGUGACGACAGGAGCCGGUGGUGGAGGCGGAGGCGGCGGUGGUGGUAGCGUCGGAGGGAGCGUCGGUGGUAGCGCCGAUGCCUACAGGCAAAGCAGCAGCGCGAGUCCACGCGGGGUUGUGACCGGCGGUGGUUAUUGCGGAAGUUCGGCCAGCACGCCUCACAGUCACAGCACAAACGGAAGUUACUCGGUAGCCAAUCCGUACACCGGUAGUCCAACCCUUUACACAUCGCGACUAGGAGAGGUGGUCGGUUCACCGUUCAACGUGAAUCCAUUUAUGUUGCCGACCUGCAGCCAAGGAUAUUCAAACGCCGCCAGUCCGUUGCUCUCGUCGAAUGGGAAAUAGUGUUACGAGAUGUAAGCUCCGGCGAAAAUAUCGAGGGGUUACGUGUUCACGGAAGCGAAAUCCAUCGACGCGGAGGCUUUCGUCGAAUUCUAAUAUUCCGAUAAUCAUCGUAUUCGCGAUUGACAAUCGCUUUCUUGAAUCGAAACCGGUCCUCUCGAUUCGUUCC